AUGCUGGCGCUUCUCUCGCCGGCGAAGACGAUGGACAUGAGCCCCAGUGCGACCACCACAAAGUCCAAGCCAAGCUCGCUGCUCUCGAAGCGUACGGAGGAGAUCUUGGCAGCGUUAAAGAAGAUGCCUGCCAAGGAGCUGAAGAGGAUGAUGAAGCUCAGUGAUGAGCUGACCAAGCAAACUGCAGAGAGGUUUGCUAAGUUCAAGGCGCAGCCGAGCAAGGCAGCCUGUCUGGCCUUCGACGGCCCGGCAUUCCGUGGUUUUGCCGCCAAGGGCUUCUCCAAGGCAGACGAAAAGCACGCGCAGAGAAGUGUGCGCAUUUUGUGUGCGCUCUAUGGGGUCCUGAAGCCCUAUGACCUGAUCAGGCCAUACCGUCUGGAAAUGACUUCGAAACUGCGAGGCUCCACAAUGUACGAUGUCUGGGGCGACUCCAUCACCGAUGCCCUGGCCAAGGACCUCAAGGCCAGCAAAGCAAAGUUCCUGGUGAACUGCGCCUCCCAGGAGUUCUGGAAGGCAGUGCGGCUCAGGAAGCUGCCAACAAGCGUGAAAGUCAUCACCUGCGAUUUCGCAGGGCCCUCAAGCUUGGUGAAGCAGGCGCGUGGCGCCAUGUGCAAGUACAUCGUUCAGAAGCGUGUGAAAGACCCUGCCGGGUUGAAGAAGUUCACAGGAGAUGCGCAGAACAGGUUUGCGUUUAAUGCUGCAAAGUCCAGCGACAGCAAGCUCAUGUUCACACGUGGAGGUGCAACAAAGAGGAAAACCGUGGAAGCCGCACCUGGGUCCAAAAAGCGCAAGCGAACACACAAGUGA